AUGGAAUCUGACGAACGACCCACGAAGAUGAGAAAGACGGAGCAUGCAGGCGAGGAAGAGGUGGCGCCAGAGGCUGAAAUCACUCCUACCAACUCAACCAACGACGCGCAUGCACCCGUGAUCGCUGAAAAUAACGAAGCAGCAAACGAAACGGGGGAACCACCCAAUGACGAGGCUGCGGCGCCCAAAAUAUCGAAGAAUCAACUCAAGAAAUUGAGGCGUCAAGAACGAUGGGAAGCUGGUCGCGAUGAGCGCAAGCAGAAGCGCAAAGAGAAGGUCAAAGAGAAAAAGGAACGGAGACGAGAAGCAUGGACACAAGAGCAGGAAAACGAGGACGGCAGCGAACCAAAACCACCAGUGAUGAAGCCACCACGGCAUUCAGCAGGUAGUGGAACUCAGGUUCCUAUCACGGUUAUUUUCGACUGCGAUUUUGAAGAUCUGAUGUUUGACAAAGAGCUCAAGAGCUUGGGACUUCAGAUUACCAGGUGUUAUUCGGACAACAGGAAUGCUAAAUUCAGAACGCAUUUGGCGGUUAGCAGUUUUGGAGGCAAGCUGAAGGAGCGAUUCGACACCGUCUUGGCGCAGCAGUACGUGGGAUGGAAGGGCUUCCAGUUUUUCGAGGAGGAUUUCGUGGCGGUAGCCGAAAAGGCGAAAGAGUGGAUGAGUGGACCAAAAGGUGGUGAAGUUGCGGGAGCAUUGAAACAAGACGAAAAGGAGCAAGCUAGCGAAGGGACAACAGAAAACACAGAAGAAGGCGAAAUCGUAUACCUCUCCUCCGAGUCCGAAAACGUCCUUACACACCUCAAACCCAACAGCACCUACAUCAUUGGAGGUCUAGUCGACAAGAACCGAUACAAGGGUGUCUGCCACAAACGAGCUGUGAAUCGCGGAAUCAAGACAGCGAAACUACCUAUUGGAGAGUACUUGCAGAUGAACAGCAGACAGGUUCUGGUAACCAAUCAUGUGUUGGAGAUCAUGCUUAAGUGGAUGGACUGUGGAGAUUGGGGCAAAGCAUUCAUGGAAGUCAUUCCAAAGAGGAAAGGUGGAAAGCUCAGAGAAGGCGGAGAGGAGGACGACGAUGCAGAUGCAGAGGAAGCCGAGGUGAAGGAGCAGGAAGAUCAGGAGAUGGUAGAUGCAGCGAAAGAGGCGGAAGUUUCAUCAGGUGAACCGGCAAUCGAGACUACUCAGGCG